GUCGAUAUGACAACUUCUUCCACACGUUCUCCCCUCUUACAGGGUUCUCUACCCCAUCUUCCAUCUCAGAUAUCUCGUUCAACACACCCUCCACAUCGUCCAGGACAGCCAUCCAACCUCGCUCCUUCUACACGUUCCCUCGCCCCUGCCUACUCGCCUCAUCCCUCGGAACUUUAUCCAGGACCAAAGAACCGUUUGUUCCUCUCGCUCCGAUCCGGUAUAGAGGGUGAGAUCGAUUGGGCUCUUCCUAGAUUGGUAUUGGCGAGCCAUGAGCAGUUGGAAACUUUCAACCUUGCCGGAUGGGUGGAUUCGGUGGCUGCUUUGCAAUAUUGGCCAGAACGAUGGGUUGAAAUGUUGGAGAGAGAAGCGGCGUAUGAUCAUCUCAAAUCUCAACAUCAUGGUUACGAAGAAGUGAUGAAGAUGGGCGUGGUUGAAGAUGAAGUUAAAUAUGAAAAAGCACUUGGGGCUAUACCUGAAUGGACCAAAGAUCCCAAGAUCUCUUUAAGAGCUUCCAACUCUUUACAAAUCCUUCGAAAUGCUUCUUUAUCACCUAACAACGCCAAUAUAAUUGCUCGUCAAACAUUCCUUUCUUUCCUAGCUCGAUUCUUUUCUCUACCAUUCGACUUUAUCCUAUCUCUUUCCCUACGGGAUCCUGAACCUAUUCAACAUAUCCUCGUAAUCUUAAACUCAAUCUAUCCUCAUCUUCCAACUUCCGAACAUAUCUCAAAAGUCUUCAGUAUCACCCUUCCUAGAUUAUUGAUUGAAACUCGUGAUCUUGCCUUGAUUCAAUGUCUUCUCCCCCUUCUCAUCGUCUCACAAAACAUGCCAGGUUUAUCUCAACCACCGGAAAACUUCAUAUCCCAUCUUCUAAGAUUGUUAACUCUAUCCCCGGUCAGACUAUUGGAAAUGGUGUUGGACCUUUUGAUCUCCUUGACGGCAAAUACCACCCAUGCAAGGACAAUAUUGACCAUGUCGGAUUUCGCACAACAUCUCAAAGUGUUGACGAGUUUGUUGGAAUAUGCUGCUAAACCUUAUCAAGUGGGUUUUGAACCUCGUCAAGGGACCCAAGGUUUGUUGGUACGUAAUCCUGCAGGAAGUGCUGCACAGGCGGAUGAAGCUAGUAAGAGAAGGGCUAUGGAUAGGGAACAAGCACAGAAAAUAAUGUUGACUCAAGGUGGUAAAGGAGUGGAUGUAGAAGUGGGUGAUAAACCUGUUAUUUUGUCAAAUAUCACAAAGGCUAGGUUGUAUGCGAUGAGGGAACCGAUAAGGAGUAUACAAUGGAUGCACGAAAUAUUCGUUUACUCCUCCAUUGCUCACUUACCCCAAGUGACCUUCUGGCACGCCUACCGAGAAUUCUUCGCCAGUCCCGCUGCGGUGGAACAGAUGUUAUCUGCCAGCGAAGUCAUCAAAAAUGUAACCAUCGCUUUUCCAGGUGCCAGCGCUCGUGUAUGGACGGAUGCGACUGGGAGUCAAAAAUUUGUCAUUGCAGGGAUUGGGUUCCGUAAAGGUAGUGACGAAGAAGAUCGUUUUUCAUGUCUAUGGCGUUCAUGUCCACGUUUAGUCCAUCCCACCAACCCAACUCAACUUUUUGAACAUCUCAUUUCUCAUCUCCCUUCAUCUUCCACAUCAACAUCAUGUGAAUGGGCUACAUGUUCUUAUUCCCCAUGUACCAUUUCUCAUCUCACAACUCAUCUCCCAAUCCCUUCAUCUACACUAAUCCCAGAAUAUCUCUCGAUUCAUCCUUCCGACUCGAACCUCACUCUGGCCUCUUCCAAAAUAACUGACCGUCCCAUUCCUCCACCUCCUAAAACUCAUCGAUUAAUCUUCACAGCUCAAGUGACUCCUAUUGAUUCACGUCGAUUACCAACAGGAGUAGCUUUUCUCACUUCGUUAAUCAUCCGGAAUCUCGCUCGUGCUUUGAGAUCAGAUAUGUUAGCUGCUAGUCCUGAUGUUCAAGAAGAAAAACGAAAACAUUUACAAGAAGAAAGAUUUGGUUUACCGAUGCCUGAAUUUGUUGCGAAAUUGGAAGAAGAGGAGGAAGCUGCUGAGAAGAGGGAAGAGGAUGAGAUGUUGAAUGAAAAACAGAGGGAAAGGGCGAAAAGAGGUUUUGAGUUGGUAGAAGGGAAAAUAGGGGAUGUGAUAAUGGGUAAUAUGGUGGGGUUGGGUCAGUAUUUGAGUGAAGCUUGGGGAUGGUAGGAGGAGGUUUUAUGGGGAGAUGGGUAUUAUUUUUGGG